CGUCCAAACAGCUACUAUCCACCUGGCCUACAUUCAAUUAAACAGAACACCAUGUAUGAAAAUUAGCUAGACAACAACUUAGAGAGAGCUUCAUUCAUUUCCUUCCAUUAAUAUCCCAAAAAGCUAAAUAAAAAUAUCUAUUUCUCCUCUUCAAUAUCCACCUUUUCCUAUUCAAUAAAAUAUCCCAAAUUCUUCUAUAAUUUCCCCCUUUUCAUCUCUCUGUUCUCUCCCACCUUCAUCUUAUUCAUCCAUAUCCCAAAAAACCCUAAAAAAUCAAAAUCAAAAUCAAAAUCCAGCUGAAAAUGGGGAUCCGCAAGCUCACCGACGGCGAAUCCUCCGCCCAUUCCCUGCCGCAAGUAGAAACCCCUCUCCUCGACACCUCCGCCGCCGGAAAGCACGCGGCCCUCUCCUCCCAGCCCAAAACAUUCGCCAACGUCUUCAUCGCCAUCGUCGGCGCCGGCGUCCUCGGCCUCCCCUACACCUUCAUGCGCACGGGGUGGCUCACCAGCCUCAUCACCGUCUUCGUCGUCUCCAUCUUCACCUACCACGGCAUGAUGCUCCUCGUCGUCACCCGCAGGCGAAUCGAGGAAUCCACCUGCUCCUCCUCCAACAACAAAAUCGCCUCCUUCGGCGACCUAGGCUUCGCCGUCUGCGGCGAAAUCGGCCGAUCCGCCGUCGAUCUCAUGAUCGUCCUCUCCCAAGCCGGAUUCUGCGUCGGAUACCUCAUCUUCAUCGGCAACACCCUCGCCAAUCUCUUCUCCUCCUCGUACGAGCUCGCCGCCUCCGCCACAAUUUGGGGAUUUUCCGCCAAAACCCUAUACAUUUGGGCGUGCUUCCCCUUCGAAUUAGCCCUAAAUUCGAUCCCAUCCCUAACCCUGCUAGCUCCCCUCAGCAUCUUCGCCGACAUCGUCGACCUCGCCGCGAUGGGCUUAGUCAUGAUCGAAGACGCCCUCCUAUUCAGCCGCCAUAUGCCGCCGGUGGAGGCGUUCGGCACUGUCUCCACCUUCUUCUACGGCCUCGGCGUCGCGGUCUACUCCUUCGAAGGCGUCGGGAUGGCUCUCCCCCUCGAAUCAGAGAUGAAGGACAAGUCCAAAUUCGGGAGAAUCCUAUGCCUAACGAUGAUCUUCAUCGCCGCAAUCUACGGUUCCUUCGGAGUGAUGGGAUACUUCGCCUUCGGCUCUGAAACCGCAGACAUCAUCACUGCAAACAUGGGGAAAGGGCUGUUAAGCACCUUCGUUCAAUUAGGCCUUUGCAUCAAUCUGUUCUUCACAUUCCCAUUGAUGAUGAAUCCUGUCUAUGAGGUGUUCGAGAGAAGGUUUUGGGAGGGGAGGUACUGCAUUUGGAUGAGAUGGAUGCUGGUUUUAGCAGUGUGUUUGGUGGCGCUGUUUGUCCCGAAUUUUGCGGAUUUCUUGUCGUUGGUCGGGAGCAGCACUUGCUGUAUUCUGGGGUUCGUGCUGCCGGCGCUGUUCCAUUACCUGACAUUCAAGGAUGAGAUGAGCUUGAGGAGGGCUGGGUUUGAUUUGGGGGUGAUUGUUGUAGGGACAGUUCUUGCUGUUAUAGGAACUUGCUACUCCCUUGAGGAGAUGAUCUCUGUGAAGGUAUGAUUUUGUGAUUCAGUUUUGUUUGUGUUGGUUUUGUUUGUCCAAGAUUCUUUCUAAAUUGGGAGAAUCCAAUCUGUAUAUGUAUACUUAGUGCCUCUUGUUGGCUCUUUGAUGCAGCCAUUUUUCUGAUAAUGGAAAUAAGGAAUUUGUAAAUUGAAAUUUGGAUAUUAUCUUUUGAAGCA